AUGGGUGCAUCAAAGAACGACCGAAAGCGUCCUCAUACUGAGGCAGAGGAGCUCGAUCCCGCUUCUUUCGAAGAUCGCGACAAUGGAGCCGUAAAGGCCUCCAAGAGAGCCCGAGUCGAAGAUCGAAGAUCGCUCUUCGUUCGAUCACUACCUCCCGGUGCCACCAGCGAAAGUCUUACCGAUUUCUUCUCUCAGCAUUACCCAGUGAAGCACGCUACUGUUGUCGUCGACCAAAAGACCAAGGAGUCAAGAGGUUACGGGUUCGUCACAUUGGCUGACGCUGAGGAUGCCGUAGAGGCCAAGAAAGCUCUGAACAACCAAGAUUGGAAUGGACGCCGAAUCCGCAUUGAUGUUGCUGAGCCAAGACAAAGAAACAAUACUACUGGCGAAUUGCCUGCUCACAAGCUUCGCAAGGAGGAGCUUCAGCGACCCCCUAAGCUCAUCGUGCGCAACCUGCCUUGGAGCAUUAAGACAUCAGAACAAUUGAGCCAUCUUUUCAGAAGCUUUGGAAAGGUCAAGUUUGCCGAUCUACCUCAAGACAAGGGCAAGCUCAAAGGAUUCGGUUUCGUUACCCUCAGGGGAAGACCGAACGCCGAACGUGCGUUGGAAGCCAUCAACGGCAAGGAGAUUGACGGAAGAACCCUGGCUGUUGACUGGGCUGUUGACAAGGAUACUUGGGAGAAACAACAACCAAAGGAGGAGGCUAAUCCUAAGAAGGCACCCAAGAAGCAGGAAGUUGCUGAGGAAGACGAGGAUGACCAAACCUCUUCAGAGGGAAGCGAUGAUGAGGAUGAAGAGGAGGGUGGCGCAGAGGUUAACAGGGAUGAUCAAUUGGAUGCUGAUCUGAAGAACUUCUUCAAGAAUCACAUGGAGAACCUCGAGGAUGAGGAGGAGGAGGAUGAGGACGGCGACGACGAAGAUGAUGAAGCCGACAAGCAGGCUGAGAAGGAGGUGCAGAGCCUGGCUCCGAAGAGGAUGACAGAUAACACUUCAACUGUCUUUAUUCGCAACCUACCGUUUACUACCACAGAUGAGCAACUCAAAGAUUUCUUUGAUCAUUUUGGCAAGGUUCGAUACGCCCGAGUGGUCAUGGACAAGGUCACAGAGAAACCUGCAGGUACUGGUUUUGUCUGCUUCUACGACGUCGACGACGCCAAAAAGUGCAUUAAAGGCGCUCCUCGCCCUGAACCAUCUGUUGCAGCUGCCAAGAACUCCAUUCUCCAAGAUGAGAGUGCUGAUCCUGAUGGCAAGUACACACUCGACGGACGUCUUCUCCAGAUUGCACAGGCAGUCAACAAACAAGAGGCAACCAACCUCGCUGACAGCUCCCUCGCCAAACGUAACGAGAAGGACAAGCGCAAGCUCUUCUUGCUGAACGAGGGCGUGAUCGACAGACGCUCACCUCUAUUUAAUCUCCUCACACCCUCAGAAAUGCAAGUGCGAGAAGCCAGUGCCGCUCAACGAAAGAAGCUUGUACAGGGUAACCCCAGUCUGCACUUGAGUCUGACUCGGUUGGCUAUACGCAAUAUUCCCCGAAACAUGGAUUCCAAAGAUCUUAAGGAGCUUGCGCGAAAGGCUGUUGUUGAGUUUGCAAAGGAGGUUAAGGCAGGCCGCCGACAGCCGCUAUCAAAGGAAGAGAAUGCACGAGAUGGAAAGGAUGCCAAGGAGAAGGAGCACGAGCGCAAGGCGAAGGGCAAGGGUAUCAUUCGUCAAGCCAAGAUCGUGUUUGAGAGUGGACAGGGACAAAAGAUGCCAGAGAAGGAUGGUGGCAAGAGUCGCGGUUAUGGUUUCAUCGAGUACACCUCACACCACUGGGCCUUGAUGGGACUGCGUUAUCUCAACGGCCAUCAGCUCGAGAACGAAGCUGGUAAGAAACAGAGACUGGUCGUGGAGUUCGCUAUCGAGAAUGCCCAAGUUGUUCAACGACGACGUGCCAACGAGGAGAGGUCGAGGCAACUCAACCCAGAACAUAACAAGGCUGCAAAGGCUGAGGCUCAGCCCAAGACAAAUGCUCAGCAUACCAGGGAUGACAAGAAGCGCGGACGCAAGGGCGAUAGGGGUGAUAAGGUCCAUAAGGGUGGCAAGGACAGAGGCAGUAAGCAGGCCGAGGAAGAGGGUGGCCGGAAGCCAGAGACAGAUGCCGAGAUGAAGCACAGACUGAUUGCGCGGACCAGAGUGAUGCGCAAGAAGAAGGCUCUGAGUCGGGGAAAGAAAUGA